AUGACAUCAGACAUACAGAUUGACUCAUCAAACAACAACAAUAAAUGUAAUAGAGAUGAUAAUGAGGCAACUAUCGAAUCAUCAUCAAAUAAUAACUAUUUAUUGAAUAAUAUAAACUAUUUAAAGUUAUUAAAAACAAAAGAAUACUUAAUGCAAGAUUCCAACAAUAUGGAGAAAUCAAUAAUCCAUCAUCUUAUAAUAUGGCAAUCGAAAUACUCAAAUCAAAUAAUUUUAAAAUUACACCCUUUUAUAACCCAUCUCAAAACCUCAAGUAAUACUCAACAACAGCAUAGUUCAGAGGAGAGAAACCAAAAUAAAAAAAGAUUUGAUGUUUGGUCAUUUAUGUUCCUUAUCUCAUUAUUAAAGUUAUUAUCCACAUUUAAUUUUAAGCUCAUUAGACUUAUUCAUUCAAAACAGUAG